UUCCCGGCGUGCCCAGCGCGCGCCGGUCACGUGCCGGCUCUCCUCCGCUUCCCGGAGCCAGUGUCUGUAGUCACGUGUGGCUUCCGCUGAUCUGUUUUUCCUGGGCACACAUACACACAGUGAGGGGCGCCCCCUUCCUCUCACUCGGAUUGUUUUGGUCUCCCCCUUCCCCCCUUUUGCGCCUUUUUAUUUUAUUAUUUUAGUUUUGUUUUCCCCCUCCCCUCCCCCCCGGUCUGAUCCGUGACUCUGGCCGGCGAUCGCUUCCUCCUUUUUGGGUAUAUGAAAGCAUGAGCGAUAACGAUGACAUCGAGGUGGAAAGUGACGCAGACAAAAGAGCACAUCACAAUGCACUGGAGCGUAAGCGCAGGGACCAUAUCAAGGACAGCUUUCACAGCUUAAGAGACUCUGUACCUUCACUCCAAGGCGAAAAGGCUCUACACUUUCAACAAACCUCGCGUAAGUCAGUUACACAAGCAACGGCUUCGCGUGCUCAAAUACUGGACAAAGCAACAGAAUAUAUACAGUAUAUGAGAAGGAAAAAUCACACACACCAGCAAGACAUCGACGACCUAAAGAGACAAAACGCUCUAUUAGAACAACAAGUCCGUGCUCUGGAAAAAGCAAAAUCCAAUUCCCGGCUCCAGUCGAAUUACUCUUCAUCCGACAGCAGCCUUUACACCAACCCCAAUGGCAGCACCAUAUCCGCCUUUGAUGGAGGAUCCGACUCUAGCUCCGAGUCCGAACCCGAGGAACCCCAAAGCAGAAAGAAGCUACGGAUGGAAGCGAGUUAAGCAAACACAAGCAAUAAAACCAGCAGCCUGUACCAAGCUUAUCAACGUUAGCCCCCUCCAUAGCCCACCGAUAGGCCCCGUUCCGCUCAUUUAAGGACUUCUGCCUAAUCUUUUAUUUUUCGUUUGUCCCUCGCCCUUCUUUUUUCUCUUCCUCAUUGAGCAAUCGGACUGCAUUUCUUUCCUUUUUUCGCCUCUAUAUCUCCCUCCCCUAUAUGUUAUUUAAGCCUCUAACACAUCCACGCUUAUGUUACAACAAUACAAAUCUGCACUGUGCGCGUUUUUAUUUUUUCUAUUAUUUUUUUUAUUUUUCCACAGACGCGCAAUUACCCAGAAUUCUUGUCUGCAGUUUGACAUUUGUAUGACCAGUGUCACAAGGUGAACAAAACAGGUUAGGGAAGCCUGAAAAAACACCCAAAUAAGGUUUAUUUUGUUUAUUUUAUUUUUUAUUAAUUUUUUUCUUUUUUUUAAAUAA